ACCUUGACCUUAACAACCUUGACUUUUUCUGUCUAAGCCUCGUUAUUCUUACAACAGUGACAACUCAAUUAUUAUUCUUAAUCUAUCAGAUAUACCUGAGUAUUCCAUCGAUAACCUUUAUUCAUCUAAAUAGUCCAACAGAUAGAUACCAAAUCAACCGAUAUUGUACACCUCAAGAUUCAAUCGUCGUACCAAUCAUGGAUCGAGACGCUAUCCUAGCCGCUUCGAAGAAGCACGAUAUAGUCCCCGGAAGGCUAUACAAGUACGGCACAGCGGGCUUCCGUAUGAAUGCCGAUCUCCUAGACGGUGUUACCUUCCGAGUCGGAUUAUUAUCAGCUCUUCGAACUCGUAAACUCAAUGGCCAGGCGAUCGGCGUAAUGAUCACCGCUAGCCAUAACCCUGCGGUGGAUAAUGGUGUCAAGAUUGUCGACCCAAUGGGUGAUAUGCUUGAGCAAGAGUGGGAAGUCCAUGCUACGAAUCUCGUCAAUGCCCCGAGCCACGAGGAGCUUGUCGACUACUUCUAUAAGCUAGCCGACUCGCUUAAGAUCGACCUGACCUCCCCCGGUAAGGUCAUUGCCGGUCGCGAUACUCGCCCAUCCGGCAAAACCCUCGUCACAGCCCUCGCCGAUUCCCUUGCUGCUACGAAUACGACGUACACCGAUUACAAGAUCCUCACAACCCCCCAACUCCAUUACCUAACCCGUUGCGUCAACACUGCCGGUACUCCGGGGGCAUACGGAGAGGUCAGCGAGCUUGGAUACUACAAGAAACUUGUUCAGGCUUUCUAUAGCGCUCUACGCGGACGCAAGGUUACUGGAAAGUUGUCUGUCGAUUGUGCCAAUGGUGUUGGUGGCCCGAAGCUUAGUGAGCUCCUCAAGCACCACGACCCCUCCAAGACCGGGCUGGAAGUAAGGGUCGCCAACGAUGACGUCUUGCGCCCAGAAGUCUUGAACCUGGACUGCGGUGCCGAUUUUGUCAAGACUAGACAGCGAGCUCCUGCAAACCCGAAGCCUGCCCCCGGCGAGAGAUGGUGUUCCCUGGAUGGUGAUGCUGACCGCCUUAUGUACUAUUGGGUCGACCCAGAAACCGGCUUUUUCAUGUUAGAUGGUGAUCGCAUUGCAACUCUCGCAGCGUCUUUCAUCGCGGAUCUCAUCCGCACCGCUGGCUUAGAAGGCCAGCUUCGUAUCGGACUUGUUCAGACUGCUUAUGCCAACGGAUCUAGCACCAAGUACGUUGAACAGCACCUACAGAUCCCAGUUGUCUGCACUCCUACGGGUGUAAAGCACCUUCACCAUGCUGCCUGCUCGUAUGACAUCGGCGUUUACUUCGAGGCCAAUGGCCACGGCACCGUCCUAUUCUCUCAAGAUGCCAUGCAGGCAUUCAAGACCAAGGAGCCACAAUCGCCGGCACAGAAGGACGCCCUCGAAACCCUUAGCGCUUUGGGAGAUCUUAUUAAUCAGACCGUUGGUGAUGCUAUAUCAGAUAUGCUCAUGGUUGAAGUUAUCUUGGCCCACAAGGGAUGGACGCUGAGGGAUUGGGCCAUGACAUAUCAAGAUCUCCCCAACCGUCUUGUCCGUGUGGAAGUAGGCAAUAAAGAUCUGUUCCACACUACUGAUGCGGAACGAAGGCUUAGUUACCCGGAACACUGCCAAGACGAGAUUGACAAGGUUGUGAAGAAGUACACGAAUGCCCGCUCUUUUGCUAGAGCUAGCGGGACGGAGAACGCAUGCCGGGUCUACGCGGAGGCCGCCACGAGAUCCGAAGCAGAUGAGCUUGCGAACAAGGUCGCGGCCAUCGUGAAGGCGUACGGAGGUUAGGUAAUGGAGACAUGUGGCUGUGGGAACGGGUAUAUGACGUGAGGGUAUACUGUAGACAGUUCAUGGGCCUUAAAAGGGGAAAAGUUCGGUGAUUCUUAGGUCGGGAACGAUGCUUUACGUUUUACGAAUAUAGCUGAUGAAUUUAACUAAAUACUUCCAAUAACCGUCAUUUGAUAUUGCAUUCGAGGUAGGAUUUGUUUUCACGUAGAAAUAU